AUGGAAGGAGUAGGUUCUAGACUUGGUCGGGCCUCCUCCAGGUACGGCGCCACCGCUCCAAUUUUUAGCGGUCCAGUCAGAAAAUGGAAGAAGCAGUGGGUUACUACUCAGCCUAACAACAAUUUUCGUGGCACCGGCAACACCAACAACGUCACCGGACCAAAACUCAUGCUUUGCCGUUGGACGCCUCUUGCUUCCGUUCGUUCUGAAGAUUCUACUAUGCCGGAAAAAACUCCUAAACGGAAGUUCCGAUAUGCGCCUAUUGUUGACUUGGAAGAAAAGAAAAAGGAAGCUCCUGACAACAAAGCUAAAUCGAGGAAGCUGAAUCAAGCUAUCACAAGUUCAACAUUGAACGAUAACAUCUUGACGAAACAAAGUAUCAAUGAUAUCUUUGAUGACGAUUUUGAGGAACUAAGGACAGAUCAGUCCAAUCAGACCGAAAGUGAGCCGGAUUAUGACUUGUACUUGGAAGGGUGUGAUUGA